UUGGACCGGGAACAAUAGAGGGAGACGAAGCCAGCCCCUGAAACACCAAACAAACCGAGAGGGCGACAGAAAGAAAGCAGCCCGGCGAGGGGGGGAUGGAGGGAGAGAGAGGUAAACGGAGAACAUGUGAGGAAUAAGAAACAAGACGCGAGGAUUUUAUUUUUUCCCCUUGGACCGGAGGGGGCUUUAUUCCUGCCUUUCCUUUUGUCGGUGGAUUGUAUUGAACCGGAUUCCGGUAUGAACCCUGCAGAAGCGGCCGAGGAGGCGCCCAGCGACCCCGACACUGAUGCCUUCUACAAAACAGGGUCACUGAGGACUGAAGGCAUCAAGGCGUCUGAUGUCCUUCCUGUGUUAAAGGAAAAAGUAGCCUUCGUGUCAGGUGGGCGAGAUAAAAGAGGCGGACCGAUCGUGACAUUCCCUGCAAGGAGUAACCACGACCGAAUAAAGCAGGAGGACCUGAGGAGGCUGGUGACCUACCUUUCUACUGUCCCCAGCGAGGACGUGUGUAAACGUGGUUUUACCGUCAUCAUCGACAUGCGCGGUUCCAAGUGGGAGCUGAUCAAGCCUCUGCUGAAGACCCUGCAGGAGUUUUUCCCGGCUGAGAUCUGUGUGGCGCUCAUCAUCAAACCGGACAACUUCUGGCAGAAACAGAAGACGAACUUCGGCAGUGCGAAGUUCUCCUUUGAGACCAGCAUGGUGUCAGUUGAAGGUCUGUCCAAACUGGUGGACCCCUCCCAGCUGACGGACGACUUUGAAGGCUCUCUGGACUACAACCACGAGGAGUGGAUGGAGCUGAGAGUCUCUCUGGAGGAGUUCAUAUCCAAUGCUGUUCACCUGCUGUCCAGACUGGAAGACCUGCAGGAGCUUCAGUCCAAGAAGGAGUUUCCGGCAGAUGUGGAGGGAUCUCGUCGGUUGAUAGAUGAGCACACGCAGCUGAAGAAAAAGGUGUUGAAGGCUCCAGUGGAGGAGUUGGACCGGGAGGGCCAGAGGUUGCUGCAGUGUAUCCGAUCUAGUGAUGGUUUUUCAGGGAGGAACUGUAUCUCAGGCUCUGCUGACUUCCAGAGCUUGGUGCCCAAGGUGGCCAGUCUGCUGGAUAAGCUUCACUCCACGAGGCAGCAUCUCCAUCAGAUGUGGCACGUCAGGAAGCUGAAGCUGGACCAGUGCUUCCAGCUCCGUCUGUUCGAACAGGACGCAGAGAAGAUGUUCGACUGGAUCAGCCACAACAAGGAAGUGUUCCUGCAGAGUCACACAGAGAUCGGCCGAGGAUACCAGCACGCCGUGGAGCUGCAGACUCAGCACAACCACUUUGCCAUGAACUCCAUGAAUGCAUAUGUGAACAUCAACAGAAUCAUGUCGGUGGCGAGCCGCCUGGCGGAGGCCGGCCACUACGCCUCCACGCAGAUAAAACAGAUCUCGAGUCAGCUGGAUCUGGACUGGAAAAGCUUCGCUGCCGCACUUGACGAGCGCUCCACCAUCCUCGCCAUGUCGUCCGUCUUUCACCAGAAGGCCGAGCAGUUCCUGUCGGAGGUGGAGGCCUGGUGUAAAGUCUGCAAUGAGGGAGGGUUACCGUCCGAGAUGCAGGAGCUGGAAAUCGCCAUCCACCGCCACCAGAGCCUGUACGAGCAGGUCACACAGGCUUACACCGAGGUGAGUCAGGACGGUAAAGCCCUGUUGGACGUCCUCCAGAGGCCUCUGGGUCCCGGCAACUCUGAGUCGCUGACGGCCACUGCUAAUUACUCCAAAGCGGUUCACUGCAUCCUGGACGUGGUGCACGAGGUUCUCCACCAUCAGCGGCGUCUGGAGAAUAUUUGGCAGCAUCGAAAGGUCCGACUGCACCAGAGACUGCAGCUGUGUGUGUUCCAGCAAGAUGUCCAGCAGGUGAUGGACUGGAUAGAAAACCACGGCGAGGCUUUCCUCAGCAAACACACCGGAGUCGGGAAGUCCCUUCACAGAGCCCGAGCCCUGCAGAAAAGACACGACGACUUUGAAGACGUAGCUCAGAACACGUACACUAAUGCAGACAAGCUGCUGGAGGCCGCGGAGCAGCUGGCUCAGACGGGAGAGUGCGACCCCGAGGAAAUCUACAAGGCGGCCCGGCACCUGGAAGUCCGAAUCCAGGACUUUGUCCGCCGAGUCGAGCACAGGAAGCUGCUGCUCGACAUGUCUGUCUCCUUCCACACACACACCAAGGAGCUGUGGUCGUGGAUGGAGGAGCUGCAGAAGCAGCUGUUGGACGAAGUGUGCUGCGACUCGGUGGAUUCGGUUCAGAGCCUGAUCCAGCAGUUUCAGCAGCAGCAGACGGCCACGCUGGAGGCAACGCUCAACGUGAUUAAAGAGGGAGAGGAGUUGAUGCAGCAGCUCAGAGAUGCAGCCAUGUCGACCAAUAAGACGCCUCACUGCAGUUCCAUCGCACACAUCCAGGGGGUGCUGCAGCAGCUGGACGAGGCCCAGGGCCAGAUGGAGGAACUGUUCCACGAACGCAAAAUCAAGCUGGACAUCUUCCUCCAGCUACGCAUAUUUGAGCAGUACACUAUAGAGGUCACAGCGGAGUUGGACGCCUGGAACGAGGAUCUGUCUCGCCAGCUGAGCGACGUCGGCCGCUCGGGCAGCAGCGGCAGCGGCAGCGGCAGCGGCAGCGGAGGAGCCUCCUCCGGCAGCGCAGAGGACAUCGGCCUGGCGGAGCAGCGGCUGAAGCGCCACGCAGAGAGGAAGGCGGCCAUGAACAACAUGACCUACGAAGUGAUGCAGCAGGGUCAAGACCUGCACCAGUACAUCAUGGAGGUCCAGGCUUCAGGUAGAACACAAACACAAACACAGCUUUGCUCUGUGAGGAAGGAAAUGGCUUAACGAAGA